GCCCGCCCGCCCCCGCGCGGCCAGCCGUAGUUUACCACAGAAUCUCCGCCCGUGCUCCAGUAAGCGGUCCUCUCGGAGUCUCGUAGCCAGAGAACCUGGGAGGGGUUAUCUGUACCAGACGCCCGCCUGAAGGCACAGCCAUGGCCCCCGUGCUUAGCAAGGACGCGCCAGACAUCGAGAAUAUCCUGGCUUUAAAUCCUCGAACACAAGCUCAUGCAACUCUGCAUUCCACUUUGGCCAAGAAAUUAGACAAGAAACAUUGGAAAAGAAACCCUGAUAAGAACUGCUUUAAUUGUGAGAAGCUGGAAAAUAAUUUUGAUGACAUCAAGCACACGACUCUUGGUGAGCGAGGAGCUCUAAGAGAAGCAAUGAGGUGCCUGAAAUGUGCAGAUGCCCCCUGCCAGAAGAGCUGUCCAACUAAUCUAGAUAUUAAAUCAUUCAUCACAAGUAUUGCAAAUAAGAACUAUUAUGGAGCUGCUAGGAAGAUUUUUUCUGACAACCCACUUGGUCUUACUUGUGGAAUGGUGUGUCCAACUUCUGAUCUUUGUGUAGGAGGAUGUAAUUUAUAUGCCACUGAAGAAGGACCAAUUAAUAUUGGUGGACUGCAGCAGUUUGCCGCUGAGGUGUUUAAAAGAAUGAAUAUCCCACAGAUCAGAAAUCCUUCUAUGCCUCCCAAAGAAAAAAUGCCUGAAGCCUAUUCUGCAAAAAUUGCUCUCUUUGGUGCUGGGCCUGCCAGUAUAAGUUGUGCUUCUUUUUUGGCUCGAUUAGGCUACUCUGACAUCACUAUAUUUGAAAAACAAGAAUAUGUUGGUGGCUUAAGUACUUCUGAAAUCCCUCAGUUCCGGCUGCCAUAUGAUGUAGUGAAUUUUGAGAUUGAGCUUAUGAAGGACCUUGGCAUAAAGAUAAAUUGUGGUAACAGCCUUUCAGUGCAUGAAAUGACUCUCAGUACUUUGAAAGAAGAUGGUUACAAAGCUGCUUUCAUUGGAAUAGGUUUGCCAGAACCCAAAAGAGACCCUAUCUUCCAAGGCCUGACACAAGACCAGGGGUUUUACACAUCCAAAGACUUUUUGCCACUUGUAGCAAAAAGCAGUAAAGCAGGAAUGUGCGCCUGUCACUCUCCAUUGCCAUCGAUACGGGGAGCAGUGAUUGUACUCGGAGCUGGAGACACUGCCUUUGACUGUGCCACAUCCGCUCUACGUUGUGGAGCCCGCCGCGUGUCCAUCGUCUUCAGAAAAGGCUUUGUUAAUAUCAGAGCUGUCCCCGAAGAGAAGAAAACAGGAUGCUGAUUUGUAUGGAAUGUGUAUAUCGAAGCAUUUCAGAAUUGAAUUGAUGCUACCAAGACACCAGCACAUCGUGUGAGAUAUCCCAGCAGCAGUCAGCAACACUUGACUACAGCAAAACCUAAGACGAGGAGAACUAAGAGCUGGUCCUGUUUAAGAAAAUGUGAUGCAUCGUAAAUGAAUAAUGUUUAAAAAUAUUCUUUUCUUGUUGGAAGAGUUGUGUUUUGUGAUAACUGUGCAGAGGCAUUUUGAAGCCUCUGAAGUAUCCCCUCCCGUGCAUUUCUGAGUGCAGCUCAACAGUGCCAGAAUACAGUUAGUCAGGAAUCAGUAAGGAAUAAUUGUAUUUACACCAUUCAUAGCACAGCUCUCACUUGCAGAAAUGUUUCUUUAUGUUCAAAAUUCUUCAAUUUUAAAGAAUUUAAAGUGAAAGAGACCAUGAGUGAAACUGAUAAGUCCAUACCAGGUACUGAUUUCAUCAAAUUUUUUUUUUCCCAAUUAGAAGAACAGUUGCGCAUUUGGCUUGUAUAUUCCGUGGACUAAUAAGAUACCAAAAUUGUUAUGUAUUCUACUACUCACUGUAAAUAUGUAUACUAAAUAUUAUAAAAUAUUUUUAAAACUUUAGUAUUGUGAAAUAAAACUUAUAUGAAUUAAAGAAAGUACUUUGGUUCAAA